AUGGAAGGCGGAGCUUAACCAACUACAAAUGAAGCAAAGGAGGGACAUGAAUUACAUGUUCAGACCUUAGAAAAUAAGAUUAGGGAACUUCCACUUAAGGAUAGACUCAAGGCUAUUGCCAUCUAACAUCAUUAUCUAUAAAAGGAGAAAUUAGACAAGGAAUGUGAAGAGAAGAUCCAUGCCCUUUAAAAGCAAUAUGAUAUCAAAUCUUUACCAAUCUAUGCAGAAUAACAAUCCCUCAUUAAUGGCUAAAGAGCUGUGAGUGCAGAGGAACAAGAACUAUUCAAGGAAUUCUUUUCUGAAGCUGAAUUAUAAGAAGCCUAAUAAAUUGCCUAAAAAGCUGAACCAAUUGAAAAUUAUUGGGGAACUGUCUUAACAAAUUGCGAUAAUUUAUCUCAUGUCUUUGGAGAGAAGGACAAGGACAUCCUUAAAUUCUUAACCUCAAUUGUUUUGGAAACAUCAGCUGAUACUGAAGUCUUCACCCUUAGAUUCACAUUCAAGGACAAUGAGCACUUCAAGAACAAAGAAUUGACAAAGAAAUUCAUCAUUGAAGAAGGCAAAGACUUCCCAACAAGUACAGUUGGAACUGUGAUAGAAUGGAAUGAAGGCAAGGAUGUUACAGUUAAGAUUGUAGAGAAGAAAUAAAAAAACAAAAAGACUGGAGCUUCAAGAACAAUCAAAAAGAAGGAAACUCAAUUGAGUUUCUUCAAUUUCUUCAAGAAUUCAGAAGAUAAGGAUGAGGGAGAAGAAGAAGGAAAAGCAGGAAAUAUUGAUGAAGAUUAUGAAAUUGGAAAGACCAUUGCAGAAGAAGUCAUUCCUUACAGUUUGGAAUAUUUCUUAGGA